CUAUACUAUUACAUGAUUUUUUUUUUUUUUUUUUUUUUUUUUUUGCAGCUAGUGAUAUUGUCCAAGAAGGUCCAUUUCCAGAGGCCAGCGAUGGCGGAGGCACAUCAGGCGGUGGGUUUUCAGUUCACCGUCACUCCGGAAGGGAUCGACCUCCACCUGAGCAGGGAAGUUCUUAAGCACAUCUACCUGUCCGGGGUGACGUCGUGGAGGAAACGCGCCAUAAGGCUCAAGAACGGCAUCCUGACCGGUGUGUAUCCAGCCAGCCCCUCCAGCUGGCUCAUCCUCGUCAUUGCGAUAAUGAGCACUCUGUACACCAGGGUGGACCCCUCCAUGGGCAUGAUAGACAGCAUCAAGGAAACCUUGCCCGUGAGUGAUUACAUGACGGUGCAGACGCAGACCGUCGUGAGCGCAAUACUGUUCGCCACGGGUCUGUGGUUCUCCCUCAUCCUGAUCCUGCGCUACACACUCAAAGCCCUUCUGUCUUACCACGGCUGGAUCUUCGAGUCUCAUGGCAAGAAGAGUUUCUCCACCAAGCUGUGGCUGAACCUCGUGAAGAUGCUUUCGGGUCAAAGACCGCUGCUCUACAGCUUCCAAGCCUCUCUGCCCAAGUUACCAGUUCCCAGGGUGGAGGACACCGUACGAAGGUACUUGGAGUCGGUUCGCCCCCUGCUGGAUGAUGAGGCCUACAAGCAGAUGGAGACUGUGGCGAAUGAGUUCGAGAAGGACCCGGCACCAAAACUGCAGAAGUACCUCAUCCUCAAGUCGUGGUGGUCGGCAAAUUAUGUGAGCGAUUGGUGGGAGCAGUACAUUUACCUUAGGAGCAGGGGUCCCAUCAUGGUGAACAGUAACUUCUACACAAUGGACCUGCUGUACAUCACCCCCACGCACAGGCAGGCUGCCAGGGCAGGAAACGUCGUCCACGCCAUGCUGCAGUACCGCCGCAAACUAGAGCGGGGGGAGCAUGCACCGAUGAGGGCUCUGGGUAUAGUCCCUAUGUGCUCCUUUCAGAUGGAAAGGAUGUUCAACACCUGUAGGAUCCCUGGUGUGGAAACAGAUUACCUUCAGCACCUGAAAGACCGCAAGCACCUGGUGGUCUACCACAGGGGGCGAUUCUUCAAGGUGUGGUUGUACUACGGGGGGCGCCACCUGUUUCCCAGCGAGCUGGAGACGCAGUUCCAGCGCAUCCUCGGCGACCCCACGGAGCCCCGACCUGGGGAGGAGCGACUCGCGGCCCUAACGGCGGGAGACAGAGUCACGUGGGCCAGGGCCCGAAUGAAGUACUUCAGCCAGGGGGUGAACAAGGCGUCCCUGGAUGCCAUCGAGACGGCGGCGUUUUUCCUCACCCUGGAUGACGAGUCUCACGGCUACGACCCAGAGAACGGCAGGUCCCUGGACAUGUACGCCAAGUCCCUGCUGCACGGGAAAUGCUAUGACAGGUGGUUCGACAAGUCCUUCACCCUGAUUAUCUACAAGAACGGGAAGAUGGGGCUGAACGCCGAACACUCGUGGGGCGACUCUCCCAUCGUGGGACAUAUGUGGGAGUACGUCCUGGCUACCGACUGCUUUCAGCUGGGCUACACAGAGGAGGGACACUGCAAAGGGGACACCAACAAAGGACUGGCCCUGCCCACCCUGCUUCAGUGGGACAUUCCCUCAGAGUGCCAGGAAAUUAUAACACGGUCCUACACUCUGGCCAAGGAGAUCGCGGACGAUGUGGACUUCCACAGCUUCCUGUUCGACGAGUUUGGGAAAGGCCUGAUUAAGAGAUGCAGAACCAGCCCGGAUGCGUUCAUCCAGCUUGCUCUCCAGCUGGCACAGUUCAGGGACAAGGGCAAAUUCUGCCUGACGUACGAAUCCUCGAUGACCCGGAUGUUCAAAGAGGGCCGCACGGAAACGGUGCGCUCUUGCACGUGUGAGUCAACGGCGUUCGUGAGGGCCAUGGAGGAUGAGGGCAAAACGAACACCCAGAGGUUGGAGCUGUUCCAGAAGGCUGCGGAUAAACACCAGAACAUGUACCGUCUGGCCAUGACUGGAUCGGGAAUUGACCGCCACCUCUUCUGCCUGUACAUUGUGUCCAAAUACCUGGGCAUUGACUCGCCAUUCCUGAAACAGGUGUUGUCUGAGCCAUGGAGGCUGUCCACCAGCCAGACGCCCCAGCAGCAGCUUAACCUGAUCGACAUCCAGAAGUUUCCCAAAUACGUAUCUGCAGGAGGAGGCUUUGGACCAGUGGCUGACGAUGGGUACGGCGUCUCAUACAUCAUCGUUGGAGAAAAUCUCAUUACGUUCCACAUCUCCAGCAAGUUCUUCAGCCCAGAGACGGACUCCUAUCGGUUUGGGCAAAACAUUCGACAGGCCAUGCUGGACAUCAAGGCUCUAUUUAACGUUGAGAAGAAGAAGCCAUAGUUUAUAGUAUGAAGAUGUUGUACACCUACUAUACUGUAUAUGCCAUGCUAUUGACCAGAUGGCCAAAGAGCGAUCAUAUUUAUAAAAACAUGCCUCUAGGCUACAGAAAGUGUAAGUGACCAAACUUGCUAUUGAAAUAUAACUGAUAUGAAUCCAGCAAUCUAUUAAUGCAUAUGUAAAUAUAUAUAUAAAUUUGUAUGGGAUUUUACAAUUAUUUGCUUGUAAAUAUCUUAAAUAUCUUAUACAUUUACGCCUGAUUUAAAGCUGCUAAUCAGAAGUAUUUUAGAAAUCUGCAAGUGCCGAGAUUUAAGGUCUGGAUCGUUCAUUAAGUUUUGUGAAAAAUUAUAUUGAAAUGUCUUUUUCAUAUAGGGUUCAAAAUACAACUGAAUUCUUCCAAAUUUUGUAAAAUACCUCUGCUGUAUAAGCUUAACAAGACCACUUUAUAAGAAGUAAUUUUAAUGUUAUGUGCUGCCUGAAAUACACAAAAGCUGUUCUGUCACACUGAACACUGUACACAUGUGCAAUCUCUCUGGCUAGUGAAAGUUUUUGUCUUGUACAGUUUUAAUUUUUCAGUCAAUAAGAUGUAAUA